AUGGCCGAUAUCGAGUAUCUGAAGAGCCUACAGGCUGUACGAGAACGUGCAAACCUGGUUCUGAAAGCCGCUGAAAAUGAUGAAUUGACACACUUUACCUACCACCCUAGCAAGAUGGGUGAAGUUGCAGAAUAUGUGACCGGUAUCAUCAAUCGAGACUUUGGGCCCGCCAAUUUUGACAAGAUCCCCCCUCACGGCCGGUGGCAGCACUUUGAUAUUGGUGGAGUUCCUCGAGUGGAUCAGCUCAUCAAGUCGUGGCAAGAGGGAGGAUGUGAUAGCAUUGAGACCACGCGCCGAUUGAUUGAUCUCUUCUUUGUCGCGGUACUCUUGGACGCGGGUGCGGGUGAUGUUUGGAAGUUCACUGAGCCCGGAACAGGAAAUGCGUAUGGCCGGAGUGAAGGAAUUGCCGUUGCCGCGCUUUAUAUGUUCAAAGCUGGCUCAUUUACAAACCAGUCAAGAGGGGACAACGAGUUGGUUGAUGGCCAAGGUCUUGCGGCCCUUAGUAUCGAUACAUUCCGAAAGCACUUCCAGAUAACAGCUGACAAUGAGAUUAUCGGAGAUGUAUCUCGUGUGAGUCUACUGAACAGUGUUGGAAAGUCAUUCUUGAGUCUUCCCGAGAUUUUCGGUGAAGCCGGUCGACCAGGAAAUCUUGUUGACUACAUCUUAGCCGGAAAAAGUGGAAACGAGCUGGAAUAUGAGACAUUAUGGAAUGUCCUCCAAAAGACCCUUCUUCCCGCGUGGCCCAAGAAUCGAACUCAAGUUGAAGGUGUUCCCAUUGGGGAUGCCUGGCCCCUCGAGGUUCUUGCCAAGCUGAAUAAAGGACAAAGUGCAAGCAGCACCGCAAGCAUCCAACCCUUCCACAAGUUAACGCAAUGGCUUGCUUAUUCCCUGUCUGUGCCUUUUAUCCGAGUUUUAGGAUUCGAGUGGAAGAACCUCAGCUUGGGAACUGGACUUCCGGAGUACCGCAACGGUGGACUUUUUGUGGAUAUGGGCGUUCUUGAGUUGAAAGAAGCCGUCCUACAACAAGGCCGAGCAAAUUCUCAACAGGAUACACCAAGCUUUGAUGCUACCAGCGAUGUGAUCGUCGAGUGGCGAGCGAUGACGGUGGCUUUGCUCGAUAAGCUUCAUGGGACCGUUCAAGAUCGAUUUGCUCAGCAAGGUGUUCAGUUGAAUAUGGCCCAGAUGCUUGAGGCUGGUACUUGGAAGGGUGGUCGAGAACUCGCUGCAAAGUAUCGCCCUUCGACCAAAUCUAGUCCUAUUGUAAUUCAGGGAGAUGGGACCUUGUUCUGA